GUAAUUGAAAAAGUUGAAGAACUUCCAUUGAUAAUCAAAGAAGUCAUAGACGAAACAUCAUCUCUUCAACCACCACCACCUUAUGAGGUCAUAGAUGAAGCACAAAAUAAUAAUAUUUCUUCAGAAGUGAAUCAGAGUAAUGUUGUUUCUAACCAUGAAAAUGUCUCUAGUAAUAUGUCCUCAUCUCAAAACAACAGUAAUGUUAAACAAGGUGAAUGGAGUGGCGUUCUUGAGAAGGAAGUGGAGAAUUUUGAAAAUAUCUUGGAAAGAGUUUUAGGACAAGUUCCCUCAGAAGAUGUUGAACGAAAAAAGAAGCUUCGAAGUUUUGGUACUGGAAAAAAAUUAGCAAAACGGUAUGGUAUAAUCACUAGUGAAAGGCUGAUGCCCGUUGUAAUAUUAUUACUCCAGCACGCCUGGCAUGAAAACGCAAAUGCGAAUUUACGAUCUUUGAAAUGUGAUGUUGGAUGGUGUAUAAACGAGAGCGCUAGUUAUGAGAAGACCAUGUGGGAGAGAAUAGAAAUGGAACUUAAGGAAAUAAAUGUGGAGGAUCUUGGCUUCGAUCAUCCGAUAUGUUCAGGCGUUCUCGAUUUAAAAUCAGUACCCUUUACAAAUAUACCCGGGUCGGUUUGUGAUACUUUUAAGGAACCGUUUCAGAAAUAUAAGUUAGAACAAAAUCAUAAUGUAAUGGAUACAUGUAAAGAAUUUAUCCGGAACGAAGAAUCGAAAAUUAAUAUAGAUGAGAAUCAAUGUAAGCCACUUGAAAUAAGUUUUGCUAAACCCGCUUAUAUGAUUCUUUUACAUUCUCAUUUACUGAAAGGAAAGUCGAUAAAUGAAGGCUCAUACGUUUGUGAAGUGCUCGCACCAUUGUUAAACAUAGUGAUGAGCAAUUUGCCAGGAAAUCCAAUAGCGUGGGAUAUAUGGGGCGAAGAAGGGAGUUCAGCUAGUGCUAUACGAAAAGGUUCUCGUAAAAUUGCACGAAGGGCUGAUUAUAUGAUGAUGGCGCAGUUGGGAAAAAAUGCUAAACUUGAAAUUGUUUAUCUUGAAACCGGUAGACCUGAUUCCACUCAAGAUAAACGCCUUCGUGAUCAUAAAAAAUUAAUACGUUUUUUCAAAGAUUCUAUUGAUACCACAAGAAGCGUAUUAAAGCUCAAAAAGAUAUUCAACCAAUCAUCGAAGAGACAGAAUUUGUCUAUAUUUACUAUUAACGUUGCAGGCGACGUUAUAGAACUUUACGCUAUGCAUAGAGAAUUGGGUAUUUACAGAUAUUGUCUCAUAGAGGAAGCAUCAAUUCCAUUACACAUAACUUCAGCAAACGCUGUGUAUCCGCUCAUUCAUACCUUACUAACAUUAAGAACGGCAGUUGCAUGCACAAUUCAUAAAAUACUACAUAAUUUUGAUUCUGGAGAUAGUGAACAUAGUUCUAGUGAAAUGACAACAACUGUACCUACUCCUUAA